GGUCGGGCGGCGGAGAAGGGGUCCAUUCAGAGCUCCGAGGGGAGGUAAUUCUCCGGGAACAAGGGGCAGGCGUUGCAAAGUAUAAAUAGUGCCACUUCAAUCGCGGCGUCGCUAUCAGACCCCGAGAGCCCUACACGUCGGGCGGCACGGCACGGCGCGGCUGGGCUCGGCUCGGCUCGGCACGGCACGGCCCGGGGCGCCGCCGCCACCCCCGCCCCGUGGAUGCCCGCCCGGGGAGCCGGGGCAGCGCGCCCCUGAGCCGCGGCCAUGGAGGAGCUGACGGCGUUUGUCUCCAAGUCGUUUGAUCCCAAAGCGAAGGAGAAGAAGGAGCUCAUCACCUACCGCGAGGUGCUGGAGAGCGGGCCCCUGCGCGCCGGCGGACCGCGGGAGAGCGGCGGCACCGCGGCCGAACCGGGCCGAGACGACGCGGGCAGUCCCGCGGCGCGGGCGGGCGGCGGGCCGUCGCCGCCGCGGGAGCCCGACGCCGCCGCCGCCGCCGACAGAGCCGCCGAGGCGGCCACCCCCAAGCUCAGCGACGUCUCCCCAGAGCUGAAGGAGCGCAAGGAGGAUGCGAAAGCGAUGGAAGACGAAGGGCAGACGAAAAUCAAGCAGAGGAGGAGCCGGACGAAUUUCACCCUGGAGCAGCUGAACGAGCUGGAAAGGCUUUUCGACGAGACCCACUACCCGGACGCCUUCAUGCGGGAGGAGCUGAGCCAGCGGCUGGGGCUGUCCGAGGCCAGGGUGCAGGUCUGGUUCCAGAACCGAAGAGCCAAAUGCCGAAAGCAAGAAAACCAGCUCCACAAAGGGGUGCUGAUCGGCGCCGCCAGCCAGUUCGAAGCCUGCCGGGUGGCCCCGUACGUGAACGUGGGCGCGCUGCGGAUGCCCUUCCAGCAGGCAAGUCGCUGCCACGCACUGCCCUUGUCCCGGCAGGUUCAGGCGCAGCUGCAGCUGGACAGCGCCGUGGCCCACGCGCAUCACCACCUCCACCCGCACCUGGCCCACGCACCCUACAUGAUGUUCCCCGCUCCCCCCUUCGGGCUACCGCUGGCCACCCUGGCCGAGUCCGCCUCUGCCGCCUCCGUGGUGGCGGCCGCCGCCGCCGCCAAGACCACCAGCAAGAACUCCAGCAUCGCCGACCUCCGCCUCAAGGCCAAGAAACACGCCGCCGCCCUGGGGCUGUGACCGGCCCGCCAGCGGGGGCUUUUUUUUUUUUAAAUAAAAAGGGGGGGAAAAAAGGAAAAAAUAAUAAUAAAAAAAAGACGAGGGAGAGGAGAAACUGACGGGAGAUAUAUACUUAUUUAAAGAAUUAGAGGAACUAGACGCGCAGCUGGGAAGUUCACAGGUUUUGAAACUGACCUUUUUCUGCGAAGUUCACUUUAAUACAAGAAAUUUGAUAAGAGAGGCGGGCCUCCUUUCACGUUGCAUCAGAUACUUGAGUUUAACAACCAUGUCUGGAAUAGCGACAAAAAGAAGAGAGAAAGACGACGACGAAGAGGGGGGAAAAAAAGUUUUAAAAAAAGACAAUGAUUUCUCUGCGAAUUUCUAAUGGGAAACUGUCCGGGAUACUUCCUCCAGCAGCAUUCCGGGUUGCAUGUAUUUGUAUUUCAUUGAUGGAGUCCUUUGAUUCACUUGCACUUCACCCUCAUCUUUAGUAGAAAAAACAAAACAAAACAAACAAACUGGGUUUGGCUGGGUUCUUUCUCUUUUAAUCUUGGAGGGAAGCAGAAAGACAGAGGGAGAUCAAGCACUACCUUUUCCACUCUUAAAUCUUUGUUGGUCGUUUGCUGUCCCACCUCUGAAAUAAAAGGGAGCGGAAAGCAUCAGGACAGCGGAGCGUGCCUCCCUUUGCCGGGUCUCUCUUGUCCUGAGGGCAAAAACAAAAGGAAAAAAAGAAGGAAAAAAAAAAGUAUUUAAUUCCCAACCACCACUUUACACAGCGGCGAAUUCCAAUAAGAGAUACUGGGUACAUGUAAAAUAUGUUGAUACACACGAACAAAGUUUAUUUUGGCUAUAACUUGUGAAUUGAUAGUUGACUGUCAAACAUUUACAUUUUAUCUCAUAAAGGUGUAUCUAUUCACGUAAUCUUGUGAUUUUUUCCUUAUUUUUUUUAAUUUUUAUUUGAAAGACGUAUAGCUAUUUAACCUGGGGUACCUUGCAGUCGGUGAUUGUUAUCCCAGUUUGUCAUCAGACCCUCACGCUUAUUGCCAAGAGAGAGGGAAAGCUCUUCUACGCGAACUUUGGUAUGGACGGGCUUUGUAUCUAUUUGUUCUCCAUGAAAACAAAAUUAUUUAUAUUGACCAUA